CAUAAAAAUGUAUUAUAUUUGAUCUAGACUUUGCAGUUAUGGAAAGUCCAGUCGGGGGAGGGGAAAUAACAGGCGAGCAUGUAACUGCAAGCGAUAGUGUUGAUAAAGUCGAGGAAAGUAUUCCAGUUAAACCGGUGCUAAAAACUUUAUGCGACUUUUGUAAAAAAAGAGGGGUCGAAAUUGCAGCUUUGAAAAGAUGCCAAACUUGUGACAAAUCGUAUUGUGAUAAUUGUAUUAAGGUGCAUCACUCCAAAAAGGCGAACCGACAACAUGUUCUAAGCAAACUUCCUGUUAACGCUGUGCAAGAAGCAUUCCAUUGUUCGAUAUGCAAGAACAUAGCAACGUCCAGCUGUUGGGAGUGUGAAGAGCUCUAUUGUGUUCAAUGUUCUAAGACACAUUCAACUCAAAAAGCAACGAGAGGCCAUAAAUUAUCAAGCCAUGUCGGACUUUCAGAAAAGUAUAGGUGUGAAACAUGCAACUAUAACGGUCCGGCGUUAAAUCUGUGCAUUGAUUGCGAUGAGGUCAUGUGCAACGGUUGCUCUAACGUCCAUAGUAAACAGAAAGCUACUAGGCAACAUAAAGUUGUACAUGCUUCUGAAACUACUAGCCACGUAUGCAAAUCUCCUAUGGAGGAUGGAAUAAGGUCCUUACCGAAAAAAUCAUGUGAAUCCAGUCCGCUUAUCUUGCGCAAUAAAGGCGCAGUUAAACAAAGAAAAAGUCAGUCUGCACAUAAAGUCGUUAAAGGAAAUAUGCAUAGUAAUAUUGAUGCGUCAAAGGAGAAAUUAGCUAUAACUUACCAACAGGAGUUGAAAGUCAAGGGAGACAAUAAUCCGACACAACCCGGGAAACCUUCAAUACUUGAACCAGCAGACAUAGACUCAAUCUACCUUGCAUGGGAUCCUCCGCCAGAAUGUUUUGAAGAUUGCAGUUAUCAGAUUAGAUUCAAAGAAAAAAGUGUGGGUGCAAAAUGGUCGUUUUAUCAACAUUCGACAUCAUCGUGCUCAUUGCGGUUGACUGGCUUGAAAUCAAAUACGGAGUACAUAUUUCAAGUACGAAUGAUAUGUGAUGAGAUCGAGGGACAAUACAGUCCGCAAAGCGAUGACGUGAAAACUUCGAUGUCAGCAGCGCAUCGGGUUUUAAGCUCUAUGUAUGACGUUCAAGUACCAGAUAUCAAAAUCCAGUUGAAAAAAGUACCUAUACAAGAAAAUCGUAAAGCUAGGGACAAUCAUGGAAAAACAAGGAAAGUAGUUUUAGGUGGUGAACAUAAGUCUUAUGUCAAAGAAAAAACAAUCAUGCUUGUUGGAAGUUCGGGAACUGGAAAAAGUACAUUGGUUGACGGUAUGAUUAAUUACAUCCUAGGGGUAAACUUUAAUGACCCAUACAGACUAAAGCUUGUUGACCUUGAGGAAGAAGAAAGAAGUACAAAAGAAAAUCAGGCCUUUUCACAGACACAGUGGAUCACUUGUUAUGUCAUAAAUCCAAUUAAAGGAAGUCGUCUCGACUAUAGGCUUAAUAUAAUAGACACCCCAGGAUUUGGCGAUACUAGAGGAAUCGAAAGGGAUCGAGUAGUAACCGAGCAAAUCAGGACACUUUUUUCCAGUCAUGGUGAUAGUGGUGUUGUCUUUAUAGAUGCCGUAUGUUUCCUUAUUAAAGCACCAGAUGCAAGAUUAACACCAACUCAAAUGUAUAUCUUCAAUUCGAUAAUGUCACUUUUUGGUCAAGAUAUAAAAGACAACUUUUGCAUGCUUGUUACAUUUGCAGACGGUAAGCCCCCUCCAGUAUUGGCAGCACUGAAAGAAGCUAAACUGCCAUGUGAUGAUUUUUUUCCAUUUAAUAACUCUGGUCUCUUUGCUGAAAAUUCAGGUGUUCAAAGCUUUUCGCAGAUGUUUUGGGACAUGGGUUGCAAAAGUUUUAAAAGAUUUUUUGACAAUCUUACUAAAAUGGAGACAAAAAGUUUGCAACAAUCAAAAGAUGUUCUACAGCAACGUCAGUUAAUAGAGGUAACCAUUGAUAAUCUUCUUCCAAUGUUAGACGUUGGGCUGGACAAAAUUGAAGAAUUGCGUAAAGAAAUAAAAAUCAUUGAGCAGUCUCAAACAGAAAUAGACGAUAAUAAAGAUUUUACAUACGUAGUAUUUGAAACACAGCAUAGGAAAAUUGGACUCCCUGAAGGAAGACAUGUAACAAAUUGUUUAAAUUGUCAUGUUACAUGCCAUAAAAAUUGUGCCUAUGCUAAUGACGAAGACAAGAAAAAAUGUUGCGUAAUGGCAGCAAGUGGUUGCUGUACACAAUGUGCCAAAAAGUGCUUUUGGACUACACACAGAAACACACCGUACAUAUUUCAGUAUGAAACUGUUAAGAAGCAGAAAACAUACACAGAGAAAGAAAAGAAAUAUCGUAGAGCUGAAAAUGAAAAAAUGACAAAAAAGAAAGUCGUGAAAAGGAUGCAUGAAGAACUUUGUGUUAUUGAAGAAGAUAUCAUGAAACUAGUGGAAAAGAUCAAUGAAUGUAAUAAUAUUUUAAAAGAAAUUGCGCUAAGGCCAGACCCACUCAGUGUGGUCGAACAUAUUGAUCUGUUGAUAGAGAGCGAAAAAUCAGAAAAACGUCCAGGAUUCCAGUCUCGAAUUGCUUCGCUUCAAAAUUGCCGGAGAAGAGCUACCAUUGAUAAAGACAUAGAUCGAUUCAAGAGAAGCGUUACAGACACAACAAAGAUUACCACUGAUGAGGUAAAUUUACCAGCGGAAUCUUCGGAUAGUGAAAAAACAAAAAGAGUGUUUGAUUUCAUGUCACACAUUUUUUCUGUCCAGUUUUUGUCUGAUUUUCUGUACAAAAAUGAUUGAAAUGAUUUCACUGAGCAGUCCUAGGUAAAAAAACUUUUCCCUUGUAAAGAAAAGAUAAAAACCGUGCUUUGGUAAUUUGACCCACGCAGGUAUAAC